AUGCAACCAGAUCUGAAUCCAGCUGCUAUCGUGACACCUUCAAUCUCUACUGCGAUGGAAGCUCUUGCUUUGGCGCAUGGUCGAGAGAAUAUUAACGAGCCAGUAGCUGAUGAUUCUGGUGUUUUGGCCACAACAAAACCAAAACCAAAACCAAAAUGGAAAGGGAAUUCAAAGCAGGCUGCUGCUGUUGCUGAUGGAGACUUAUCAGCCAAUACUGGAUGUGCCAUCCUGUCCUGGCAUGUUGUCAAUGACCCUGGACCAAUGCCAUUGUCCAUUGUUGCUUCGGGUCUAAGCAUCCCGUCGACAACAUUGAUAAUUACUGCUAUUAUCACCGUAGUCAUUUCAACCAUCAUGUGCCCACCUCAAAACCUCUCAGUCACUGAGAAGCUCUUGGAUUUACAGUAUCUAACAACGCAGACAACCUCCAACUCCCAGCCUUACAAAUACAUUCCCUCAACAACACUUGACUUAGCCAUUGACACAUCCACCCUCCUUAACACUUCUGCAUCCCAAAUGUCCACCGUGCUUGCCGCUUCCACAUCUGAUGCGUCCAGGGCCCUCCUUACUGCUUCUGCAUUGAGCACAUCCACCAUGCCUGCCGCUUCCAUCGUCACCAAAUAUAACUUUCAGAUUCUCGAGACUCUCCGGGUCUGCUUUGCCCGAUUUAUUGCUCCCCUGGAAUGCCUCUUUGACGAUGGUGGUCUUGCAUUUUUGGAUCUGGAGUAUGCGGCCUUCAAUGGUGUGAUUGACCUCGAAGAAGGUUUAAUGACUGACACGACGUCUACCCUCAAUGCAUCUGCUAUAUGGUGUGUAUCUGAAUCACCCGACAAUAACUACUGCCCUGCUUCAGAAAAUUGUACUGGUGAGUCUCCAGCCUCAAUCUUACUAAAAGUUGAAUGA